CAUUGUCCAUCACAAGAGUCCGUACAAACUCUGGAGUAUGCUGGGAUAUGUAGUUUUCGUCACAUGCUUCCUGGAGUCCAGCUUGCAGUUAGAUUUCUUCGCUGCCCAGCCGCUAUCCCUGUAUUUCUACCUCCCAAGCUGAUGGUGGUUACCUCUCGUCUUCUCUACUCACAGAGAUUGUUAUUUCAUUUCUUCAGUAGACAACACAUGGGAGAUAUGAGCUCCAAAACCCAACUGGUCGGCAAAGAAGCAGCUCUGCCAGGUAGAUCUGAGGCAAUGAGUGUUUCUGCCAAACAUCACGUCAAUGGAAAUUCAAUGGUUGAACCUUUUCCGCAGGGAACACAGAUGGCAAUAUUUGGUAUGGGGUGUUUCUGGGGCACAGAACGCAAAUUCUGGAGACAAAAAGGUGUCUACUCUACACAGGUUGGUUAUUCUGGAGGUUAUAGUGCCAACCCGUCCUAUCAAGAAGUCUGUACAGGGAGAACAGGCCAUGCAGAAGUAGCUCGGGUUGUGUACGAGCCAGAAAACAUCAGCUUUGAGAAAUUACUCAAGGUCUUCUGGGAGAAUCAUGACCCGACACAAGGAAUGCGCCAGGGGAACGAUGUUGGGACAAUGUAUCGUUCUGCAAUCUAUACGUAUACCAAAGAACAGAUGGACACAGCUUUGAAAUCCAAAGAAGAUUACCAAAAGGUGUUGACUGAAAAAGGCUUCGGCGAAAUUACCACCGAAAUCCGUGAAGCAACAAACUUUUACUAUGCAGAAGAUUAUCAUCAGCAGUACCUGAGCAAGAUACCGAAUGGUUACUGCGGCUUGGGGGGCACUGGAGUUUCCUGCCCAAUAGGAAUUAAAUAAUUGUGUAAUUAUGAGUUAUAAAUCGAUAGCUUUAUAUAUAUACUCAAUUUGAAUAUAAACAGGUAAAGGGAUAUUAAACCCAAUUUUUUUUUCUUCAUGAUUCAAAUAGUACAUGCAAUUUUAAGCAACUUUCUAAUUUACUCCUAUUAUCAAUUUUUCUUUGUUCUCUCUGUAUCUUUAUUUGAAAAGGCAAGAAUGUAAGCUUAGUAGGUGUCACGUUUUUGGUUCAGCACCAAAGUAGCGCUUGUUAAUUGGUGGCUACAUUUAGCCACCAAUCAGCAAUUGCUACCAAGGUGCUGAACCAAAAAUAGGCCGGCUCCUAAGCUUACAUUCAAAUAAAGAUACUAAGCGGAACGAAGAUAAAUUGAUAAUAGGAGAAAAUUAGAAAGUUGCUUAAAAUUGCAUGCUCUAUCUGAAUCAAUAAUGAAAAAAAAAUAAUUGGGCUUAAUAUCCCUUUAAAUGAUGCUGAAAUAUUAACCAAAAUUUAUUUAAAUGGACAAUAUCAUCAAGAUUUGAGCAGAUUGCAUGCAAAGAAACUAUUAAUAGUAAAUUUGUUUAAUUUUUCUUAUAAUUUUGAUAUUUAAAGGGACAGGAAACAAAAUUUUUCUUUCAUGUUUCAGAUAGAGCAUACAAUUAACCCCUUAGUGACCAGACCAUUUUUCAAUUUUCUGACUGUUAAGGACCAGGGCUAUUUUUUACAUUUUUGCUGUGUUUGUGUUUAGCUGUUAUUUUCCUCUUACUCAUUUACUGAACCCACACAUAUUAUAUACCGUUUUCUCGCCAUUAAAUGGACUUUCUAAAUAUACCAUUAUUUUCAUUGUAUCAUAUAAUUUACUAUAAAAAAAUUAUAGAAUAUAAAGGGGUUAAUUAGGUAGCUUGUAGGGUUAAUUUUAGCUUUAGUGUAGAAAUCAGCCUCCCACCUGACACAUCACAGCCCCUGAUCCCUCCCUGACCCCUCUCAAACAGCUCUCUUCCCUCCCUCACCCCCCAAAGGUCACCCCCAUCUUAAGUACUGGCAGAAAGUCUGCCAGUAUAAAAAUAAAAA